AAGCUUCUCGGAGGGUCUUCAGGAGACACUUUCUGUCAGCGAUGGACCUGAUAAUGCCGACCGCAGCUCUGAUUCUCCUUCUGUGCUCACAGAUACAAAACUCAGGAGCUCUUCCUGUUAGGCGUAACCUCGCCAACUAUGAACCAGGAGCUUCAGGAAAGGUCAAACAAGGGUCUUUUUUGAAAGAAACUGUUGCUGCUGAUACAAGAGAUGAGAGACCUCCAUGUGAGGUUGUUCCUGAUGAUGAUCCUUUGAACGCCACUCCUCCACCUCCCAUCUCUGUUGAUAAACCAGGACAGAAGCUGCCGCCUCCUCCUCCUCCUCAUCCUCCUCCUCCACCUCAUCCUCCUCCUCCACCUCCUCCUCCUCCUCAUGUCCUCUACCAGCCCAUCAUGCCUCAUUACGUUCUCCAGUAUCCAGUCAGAGGAGGAUCUUAUUAUGUGCAUGGACAAGGUGCCGGUCAGCUUCCUCCACACUCACCUGUUGGUGCAUCUGGUUUUCUCCCAGCUCCUCAGUGGUUCUUGGAUCUUCAGAGAGACAAACGCCUCCCAGUGGUUCCUCAACGCAACCCAACAGGAAGUCAAAGAGGUCCCCUCCUGGCUCAAAGGUCUCAAUCUACAUCAAGUGAAACAUCAUCUGAAGAGGACGGUGACUGAAGAGACGCUGAAUGAUGAAACUGAUUAAAUCCUUUCAACAUACCGAUUGUAAAUGAAUAUAAGAAUUCACACAAAUGCACACAGUUGUUAAUUUUCAGCUUAAUGGUGUAUCUCAGAUCUUAAAGGUGCAAUGUGGGGUUUUCUUCAGUGUUACUCACCAAAAAAAAUUGUGUCCAACAAACAUGUUGAAUAAAUUUCCUUCCUCAUAAA